AUGAGUGAUCCAGAGAGAACAGUGGUCACAACUGCUGCAAGUUCGAAUAAUGUUUCGGGCACAUGCAAUGUUCAGUUAUGUUCAUCUGCUCAAGAAUUAAGCAGUACUGAUGCAAGACUGUGUAAUUUCCCUGAUCUAACUGAUUUUGUCAAUCAGAGGACGGAAAAUGAUCUAGAUGAAUUGUUCGCUAAUCGGUAUACAAUGGCUAAUAAACUAUACGUAGAAGUUGCAAAUGGUUUUCCGGAUCCAGUCAUUGUUUGUCCGUGGAGCAAAAGACCGAAAAGAAAUUUUGAUUAUAUCGGUGAUCAGCGAAAAUCCUGGAGAGGAGAAAGUAGGCAAAAUGUUGGCUCAGAAUGGCGAAGUAAUAAAGGAAACCCGAAUUACGACUCUUAUGUUUCACAGGAAUCGAGGAAGAGACGGAAUCCAGCAAUGGAUCGUGUUCGUGUUUUUUAUCCAGGCAGGACGAAUCCCUAA